CCCGCCGGGGUCGUCUCAGGAUUCACCGGCGACGGCAGAGAGGGAAAGGGAGGCGUGCUGGCGUCCUAAACGCCGUGGAUUUGGGUUGAUGAUGAACGGUCCAGCAGAUACGGGACCAUUAAAGUUUGGGACAAGUGUGCGACGUAGGGGAUGGGUUCAGGUUUGCAGAGUCCUAAACUUUUUUUUGCCUAAUCCAGUGUUAGAAAAACAGUGACAUGUAGCUUUAUACUAUGAUCAGCAUGCCAGCGGAGUUAAAUGGUUAAUUUCACGGAGCUCUUCUCUCUAAUAUGCGAAAAUGCGACGGCAGUUUUUUUUUUUUUUUGGCACUCCAGCUCCGGUUGUAAAGAAUUGUGCCUUGUUGUGCUCCCACCCCCCGCUCCGUGCCGCACUGGUUCCGUCUGGCUCGCCCUCAGCUGCUGCGUGUCCUGGGAUGACCUGUUGAUGUCGGUAGAAUGGAGAAUGGCAGGGGGAGCGAUUUCCCCCAUCACCAAAAUAUUUAAAUAAGCAACAUUUGGGCUUGACAACCGGCGUCGCAGCAGCACGGCUACCUCGUCCGCACAGGCAACCCUUUGGUGGUGUGCGUCGGCGCACCAUGGCCCAGACCCUCCAGAUGGCGAUCCCAAACUUUGGCAACAAUGUUUUAGAGUGUCUGAAUGAGCAGCGGCUGCAGGGCCUCUACUGCGAUGUCUCUGUGGUGGUCAAGGGCCAUGCCUUCAAGGCCCAUCGAGCUGUGCUGGCUGCUAGCAGUUCUUAUUUCCGGGACCUUUUCAGCAGCAGCAGCAAUAGUGGAGGUGGUAGCAGCAAUGAAACGAGCCCAACGGUAGUUGAGCUUCCCUCGGCUGUGCAACCCCAGAGCUUCCAGCAGAUUUUGGCUUUCUGCUACACAGGCCGUCUCAGCAUGACGGUGGGGGACCAGUUUCUCCUCAUGUAUACCGCCGGCUUCCUGCAGAUCCAACAGAUCAUGGAAAAAGGCACCGAAUUCUUCCUCAAGGUCUCCUCCCCCAGCUGUGACUCCCAGGGCCUUCACGCUGAGGAAGCCCCACCUUCUGAGCCCCAGAGCCCUGUAACGCAGACCAGUAACAGUACAGCCCGGCCUGCCUCCUGCCUGACGCCGCUCUCUCUUGUAUCACGAGUGAAGGCAGAGCAGCCAGCUAGCCAGCCGGAAGCCGCAACUCCUUACUCUGUGGUCUGCACUCCUGUAGCCAAGCGGCUGUGGGAGGGUGGCAGCAACCGAGACGGAGGUGGAGGCGGCUCGGGGGGAGGAGGGGGGUCCAGGAAGGCAGCCCGUUAUUCCCAGGAGUCGGUGCGGAGCAGUGCCAUUCAGAGCCCCGGAGCCCUCGGACUGGCCAUGGGUAUGGGUGCCACUGCAACCGGCCUGGCGGGCAUGGCGGCCAGUGUCGGCACCAAUGGCAGCUCUGCAGCAGGUCUCGGCAUGUCAGAGGGCGCCAGCCCUGGCACCCUAAGUACCUACGCCAGUGACUCACCCAUCAGCUACCAUGAUGAUGAAGAAGAGGAAGAGGGGGCAGAUGAAUGUGCUGAAGAGCAGUAUAGGCAAAUCUGCAACAUGUAUACCAUGUACAGCAUGCUCAACAUGGGAGCUGCAGCUUCUGGCGAGCGCGUUGAGGCUCUACCAGAUCACACAGAGACACGGGGUCGGAUGCGAGGCAGAGACCUUACAUGUCUCCCCGCAGAACUCGUCGCUCAGAUAGGCAACCGCUGUCAUCCCAAACUGUACGAGGAAGGAGACCCUGCUGAGAAACUAGAGUUAGUCUCAGGUACUUCUGUGUAUAUAUCACGAGCCCAGCUAAUGAACUGUCAUGUGAGCGCAGGGACCAGACACAAGGUGCUGCUGAGGAGGCUGCUGGCUGCCUUCUUUGACAGGAAUACUCUGGCCAACAGCUGUGGAACAGGCAUCCGCUCGUCCACCAAUGACCCGAGCCGCAAGCCCCUGGACAACAGAGUUCUGCAUGCGGUCAAAUUUUAUUGCCAGAACUUCGCCACCAGCUUCAAAGAGAGCGAGAUGAAUGCCAUCGCAGCGGACAUGUGCACCAACGCCCGGCGUGUGGUCCGCAAGAGCUGGAUCCCCAAGCUGAAGCUGCUGAUGGCUGAGAGCGACGCCUACACCGCUUUCCUUCCCGACGGCGUCAAGAUGGAGGAUGAGACCCUGGGGGCGGAUCCGCCGUUCGACCCCGCCUCUCUAGAGGCCACCGGCAGUGCUGGCAUGGAGUCGGGUGGCUCUUCAGGUGAAUCGUUAUCAGGUGUAGGCGGGGACGGAGGACCGUUAUUUUGAACACUGUGUUGGGGGGGGUGGUUGAAAUUUGGUGACACACAUACCAGUAUUCCCCAGUUCUGCUUGCCUCCUCACUCUUUGGCCCACGCUGAUCUCUCACUUCUGACUGUCUAUACUACACUGCUAGGGGUGAACAGUUGUUGUUACCCUGACGUAACCAGGACAACUUAAAUUUUUGCUUUUCUGACUGUACAACGGAGUUAGUUGAGGAAAGGGAGAGAGGAAGAGGGUAUUUAGUUUUCUCCGAAGUGCCCUCUGCCUCCCCUUGUCUUUUUAUGGUGUGUAAGCGCAUCCACUGUUUCAUAUGAAAUACAUUCCCUGAAAUACAGGUGUUGGGGGGGGGGGUUCCCAAGUGCAGCCUGGGGAGUGAGGGACGGCUGGACGGACAGGCUAGGAGUAGAGGCGGCAGGUAUAUUGAAUGUUAAGUGUCAGUGGCAUUUUUCUCUAUGCAACCCUGACAACUUGUGUUCCAGGCUUGGAAACUGAACGAAAUUUCAAAAAUAGCUACAAUAAUUAACACUACCUGUUCUUCCUCCCCUUGCACCUUCCACUCAUCACCCUGCAAGUAUUCUUCACCCCACGUCGCCUUCCUUGAGACCAGAGAAUCUCACCUGAGUGUUUCACUGUGCAGUGUCCUAUAGAAAUAAUUAUCUAAUCUUUCUGUUUUCAGCGUUUUAAGCAUGUUUCUCCGUCUACAAACUGAAAAGUGAUCCAGCGAGAGAAGGGGGAAGCUUUAUAUUGAGAUGAUUAUAAAGAAGAUUUAAGGGCAACAAGUGAUCAAAGAUGGUCAUAUUUUUAGAGGACAAACUAUAUUUAUACCUGUGCCCAUGCCUAGAAGGGUGUGAGCAAAGAGAGUGAGAGGGAUUGUUUUAAAAUCUCGAUCUUCAUGUUUUAUUGAAAGAGGUCUUGUCAAAUAAGGAAAAGUGCUAUUUUUGCAGAAAAAAAAGAGGAGUAUAAUAAAGUAGUCUUAUCAUAGGACCCGUAUUCAUUUAUUUUUAUCUUUAUUUGACAGUGCGGAGUGAUGGAAUGGGCAGUCGAACUGCUAAAUUUGAAGCAUUUCAUCUUCUGUUCACUAGCUUAAAAGGAAUAAUAAGACUGAUUCAGCUGGCUUGACUGUUGUCUAUGAUAACCAUUUCUUGUUAGGUUGUGAACCUGCAACGUUUCCCUCCCUCGAUAAAGCAUUGGCCCACAAUUUUGAAGAGUACUUGUACAAAUAUAUAAAGGUUAUAUUGAUCUGACAACUCAGCUAGUUUCUUUGUACGGACAUUAUUGAAAAGAAGAAAAGGAAAAAAAAGCUACUGACAUUUAUGUGCCAAUGCAAAAGUCAAAGGAAAUAAUUAUGGAAUAUUGGAACGUGCCUUUUUAAAUUGAAAUCAUUAAGCAGAAUCCUGGUGGGUACAGUGAUGCCAAGAAGAGGCAAUAUUGCUUGAAACAAAUUUUAUGGUACUAUCAGUGUGUGUGAACAGACUGUGUAUUGCGCUGCUGUAUCUUUUGGUAUGUGGUUUAUUCAUGUAUCUAAUGCACCACGUCUUUAAUUUUGCACCUUCCAUGAGAGCUAGAAUGGAGGUUUCUGCACCUUAAUGAAAAGAACCAGUGGUUCAUGCACCCUUUUGAGAAAUGUUGUGUAGCAACUGAACUCCUUUAAUUUGUCCUUUUUUUCCCCAUGACUGCCUGUGUUUUUAGUUUUAGAAGUGGCACAAACUCCUACUGUAAAUAAUCAAGAAGACUGUUGAGUUGAAUCCCAAGUGUUCUUCCUUUCUGUUGCUGGAUGCAUCUGAUUAUGAAAUGUCAACAACUGACCUUUUUUUUUUUUUUUUAUGUGAAAGUUUGUGUUUGCUUGAAGCUUUUUGAACGAAUGUCUGUAGAUCAGAGGUCAGUACGGGAUUAUUCCUAUUGCAGAUGGAUAUUAAUGAAAGAGGUCUUGGUGUGACUUAGAAAUGUGUUCCUAACCUGAAAUGCGACUGAUUACUUUCUCCUUCUGGAAAGGCAUUUCUAAAAAGGUUCUAUUUUUUUCCCUGAAGACAGGUACAGUGUAAAAACCGGGAAAGAAUCAAUGCUUCUUAUUCAAGGCAGUUGAGUCAAUCUUAUUGAAAGAAAUACCUAGAGACAUGAUAUAUAUAGCUCAACCUAUUUUCAUUAUUGAUUUAAAUACAAGGACAAGUUUACUUAAAUGGUUUGACUUGAGUAUAUAUGGACAGAACAAAAAUGCAGUACCUCGUAAGUAUUCCAGGUUAAGGUUAAUAACAACAAAACCUCAGUACCAUUCGACUGUAGAUGCCACAUGACCGCCCCUCCCCCACUUACCUCUCGAGUAUCUUUAUUCUCCAUUCUCAGAAAACACUGUUGUGCUUCCUGUCUUUCAUGCAGCUGGUGUCAAGUUUCACUUCCACAAGUUUAUUUAUGUGUUUCAGCGAGAGAUAAAAAAGUGGUUUGAGGUAGAUAAAUCUGAAACGUAAGAUGUAUGUUUAAUUUGCUUAGUUUUCACUGGGAUAAGUUUACAGAAGUUCAGCACAACUCAAAUGACAUCGUCAUGUUUUUCGCCAACAUUUUUUUUCAGUUUUGACAGUACUUGAGAAGCCUCUGCCAGGUGUAUUUAAGUUACCAUAAUCCCUUUAAAUAGUUUGGUGGGAUAUCACUUGAUGUUGUACGUUUCUCAUUUGAAAUAUAUCAAAGUCAACAAAAGAUAAUUGCGUUAUGUACAGAGUUGAAGGACCAAGAGAAAAGCAUUCAAGUCCCAUCACUAGAACCUCUAAAUUUUAUGUAGGCAGUUCUGGGGACAAUAUCUUAUUUAGCAUAAUGUCUGCUAAAUCUGUCAAUGUUCCUGCCUAAAGAAAUAAAACCAGGUAUGACAACAGCCAAAUUAUUGUUCAAAUGUCUGAAUUUAGUUCCAUGAUUACAGGACUGUUUUUGGUUGUGCCCCUCACAAGUCUCCCAUAGAAAACAAAAAUAGAACAGGAAAAUAAAGAUUUUAAACCUAGAAACAACUAGGGCUCAAAUAAGUUUCUUACAGUUACCAUGUCACACAGUGACCUGCUGUGAAUAACUUGUACUUUAUUGUACUGAGUCACUGACUAGAGCUGAAAUAUCACCAGUGAAUCAGCACUGAUUCUAAGGAAUCCAUGUUAGUCUGUUUUCACAACACCGCAGCUCAGCCCAGAUACGGAAAUAUCCACACUGCACCAUUGACCCAGUCAGAAUACCGUACGUUUGCGCUCAUGAGCCUUUCUUAAAAACACUGGUUUAGGGCGUGUGUUGUGAUCAGCUGCACAAGUUAAGUAGAAAUAACUGAGGUUAUGGUAUGUGUCAGGGGUUUUACCCAUCGUUAGCUUUCAGCGCCAACUCUAGUAAACGUUCAAAAAGUCCCUCACUCACCACUACUUCCACUGUGCUUUAUGUGCAAGAGGUGUGUGAGUGUGGUUGUGUUUUACUUUGUGUGCAUUUGAGAAUAGAAAGAUUUCAUGCUUCUUCUUUUUUUUUUCUCAAUACUUUCUAAGCAAACUGUCAUUUCUGUACUUUCAACACGUGUUUACACUUCAUAAAACAUGUAGACCUACACACUUGAAUGGAUAAGGUGUGGCAUGGCAUGGGGAACCUUUUGUCACUAAACAGUACAUAUAUAAAUACGAUUAUACACAUGUAUAGAUAAAUACUGUAUAUUAUAUAUAGACGCACAUAUAGAGGUCAGAUUGUUUGUUGUGCACUCGCAGCAUGAGGUAUAUAUUUACCCAGAAACGGCGCUUCUUCACAACCUGUACAGUAAUUGGUCUGCCCAUGUCUUUCCCCUGCUCCUUGCCCUCUGUAACCCUGUAGCGCCAGUGGACAUCCUGUAAUGCUCAUCCUAUUCUUUCUGUGUUCCAAGUGCCAAUAACUUUGUGAAAGCCCUGUAACUGUGACCCAACAUUAUCAAAGGUAAUUGCACAUUAACGACUGUAAAAUAAAUAAAUACAAAUCAUAGAGAAAAUGUCAAAAUGGAUUAAAUAAUGAAUAUCUUAAUAAAAGAUUUGUAACAAUUUC